UCAGAGCUCAUGGUAGACAUUGUGCAGAAGUGAAAGCGGGUAAAAAAAAUAAAAAAAGAAGUGAAAGCGGGUCGUAUUUCAACUCCACAGCGGAAUAUUCUUGCCUGACUUGAUUUUAGCGGAUCUCCCUUGCUGCUGUCGAGGCCGUUCCGGUUCAUUUAGAGGACAGUAGGAAUAAGACAUCCAGGACCGACUAAAGAGAUUAAGAAGCACCCUCUCUCUAUGUUUCCUCUACGGAUGAAGAUAGAAGACCUGUUUGACUUGAUCUGGACAUGAGUUCAUCAGUGGUAUCCAUACAGAACCAGCAGCAGCCAACAGGUUAUAGUGUAUUGUUGUCUCUCCUUAUUCUGUUGGUCUACACUCUGCUAUGAAUCUGUCUGAGAAGAGAGAGGAGGGAGGUCCUCCCUCUAAAACCACUCUGUCUGGGGAACAUGACAGCCAGACUAAAGCUAAAAGCAGAACCCAUCAGGAGAGACCAGACUCCCCUGUGCCCAGCUGUGUGUCCAUGGAGAGUGACUGUUCUAUAGAUCCACCUAUUUUUUUCAGAGAUGGACACCACUCUACUGAACAGAGAGACCUAACAUGUCGUGUUCUCCAAAGAGACCACCAGCGGAGGUCAGAGGUUCUCAGUGGUCAGUCUGUCCAGGAGUAUCAAACAGACCUGGACUCCAUAUUUAUGCUGCUUGAGGAGAACAUUGUCAAUUUUGUGAAGAAGGAGCUGAAGGGGUUCCAGAAGGUUCUGAGUUCAGAUUACCCGGAGUGCUCAGACAGACAGAGGGAGGAGGAGCAGGAGCAGAAGAGGAGCACCAGAGAGGCACUUCUGAAGAUCACACUGUACUUCCUGAGGAGUAUGAAGCAGAAGAAGCUGGCUGACUCUCUGGAGAGCAAAAACCUUGUUCCCUUGUGCCGGAGUAAACUCAAAGCAGCUCUGAAGGAGAAGGUUCAGCGUUUGUCUGAGGGUGUCGCUAAACCAGGAGAGUCAACACUUCUGAAUCAGAUCUACAUAGAGCUCUUCAUCACAGAGGGAGAGAGUGGAGAGGUCAAUAAUGAACAUGAGGUCAGACAGAUUGAAACAGGAUCCAGGAAACCAGUGAGACCAGAAAUACCAAUCACAUGUGAGGACAUCUUUAAACCCUUACCUGGACAAGAUAAACCAAUCAGAACAUUGAUGACAAAGGGAGUGGCUGGCAUCGGGAAAACAGUCUUAACACAGAAGUUCACUCUGGACUGGGCUGAAGACAAAACCAACCACAAUAUACACUUCACAUUUCCAUUCACAUUUAGAGAGCUGAAUGUGCUGAAAGAUAAAAAGUUCAGCUUGGUGGAACUUCUUCAUCACUUCUUUGUUGAAACCAAGAAAGCAGGAAUCUGCAGCUUUGAUGAGUUCCAAGUUGUAUUCAUCUUUGACGGUCUGGAUGAGUGUCGACUUCCUCUGGACUUCCAGAACAAUGAGAUCUUGACUGAUGUCACAAAGUCCACCUCAGUGGACGUGCUGCUGACAAACCUCAUCAAGGGGAAACUGCUUCCCUCUGCUCGCCUCUGGAUAACCACACGGCCUGCAGCAGCCAACCAGAUCCCUCCUGAGUGGGUUGACAUGGUGAUGGAGGUGAGAGGGUUCACUGAUCCACAGAAGGAGGAGUACUUCAGGAAGAGAUUCGGAGAUGAGGAGCAGGCCAGUAGAAUCAUCUCACACAUCAAGACAUCACGAAGCCUCCACAUCAUGUGUCACAUCCCAGUCUUCUGUUGGAUCACUGCUACAGUUCUGGAUCACGUGUUGAGAACAGAUGAGAGAGGAGAGAUGCCCAAGGCUGUUACUGAGAUGUACAUCCGCUUCCUGGUGGUUCAGGCCAUCCAGGGGAAUGUGAAGUAUCGUGGGAAAUCUGAGACAGAGCCACAUUGGAAUAUAGAGAGCAGGGAGAUGAUUGUGACUCUGGGAAAACUGGCCUUUGAACAGCUGGAGAAAGGUAACCUGAUCUUCUAUGAAGCAGACCUGACAGAGUGUGGCAUUGAUAUUAGAGCAGCCUCAGUGUACUCAGGAGUGUUCACACAGAUCUUUAAAGAGGAGUGUGGGCUCUACCAGGACAAGGUCUUCUGCUUUGUCCAUCUGAGCGUUCAGGAGUUUCUGGCUGCUCUUUAUGUCUUUCUCUCAUUCAUCAACAAUGGAGUCAAUCUGCUGUCAGAAACACAGUCAACCUUCUCCAGUUCUAAACCACUUGGAAAUAAACCUACAGAACUAGACCUCUACCAGACAGCAGUGGACAAGGCCUUAGGGAGUCCAAACGGACAUCUGGACUUUUUCCUUCGCUUCCUCCUGGGCCUCUCAUUGGAAUCCAAUCAGAAUCUCCUACGAGGCCUGCUGGGAAAGACAGGAAGAAAGUCAAAGACCUAUCAGAAAACAGUCCUGUACAUCCAGGAGAAGAUCAGGAGGGAUCUCUCUCCAGAGAGAAGCAUCAAUCUGUUCCACUGUCUGAAUGAACUGAAUGACCAUUCUCUAGUGGAGGAGAUCCAGCAGUACCUGACAUCAGGAAGACUCUCCACAGACGGACUCUCUCCUGCUCAGUGGUCAGCUCUGGUCCUUAUCUUAUUGUCUUCAGAAAAGGAGCUGGAGGUGUUUGACCUGAAGAAAUACUCUGCUUCAGAGGAGGGUCUUCUGAUGCUGCUGCCAGUGGUCAAAGCCUCCAGUACAGCUCUGUUGAGUUCCUGUAAUCUGUCAGAGAGAAGCUGUGAAGUUGUGUCCUCAGUUCUCAGCUCCACUGCCUCUAGUGUGAGAGAGCUGGACCUGAGUAACAAUGAUCUGCAGGAUUCAGGAGUGAAGCUGCUCUCUGCAGGACUGGGGAUUCCACAGUGUAGACUGGAAACUCUUAGGCUGUCGGGCUGUCUGGUCUCAGAGGAAGGUGUUUCUUCUCUGCUCUCAGCUCUCAGCUCCAACCCAUCCCAUCUGAGAGAGCUGGACCUGAGCUACAACCAGCCAGGAGACUCAGGAGUGAAGCUGCUCUCUGCUGGACUGGAUGAUCCACACUGGAGACUGGACACUCUCAGGCUGGACCAUGCUGGAUUGUGCCGGUUGAAGCCAGGUGUGAGGAAGUAUGCCUGUGAACUCACACUGGACCCAAAUACAGCACAGAGAGACCUCCUUCUGACUGAGGACAACAGAGAGGUGACAGGGGUGAGAGAGGAGCAGCCGUAUCCUGAUCAUCCAGACAGAUUUGACUACUGGCCACAGGCUCUAUGUAGAGAGAGUCUGACUGACCGCUGUUACAUGGAGGUAAAAUGGGAAGGAGAUGUGCAUAUAGGAGUGACUUACAGAGGGAUCAGAAGGAGAGGAAGAGGUAAUGACUGUCUUCUUGGAUCUAAUGAAAAGUCCUGGAGUCUGUACUGUAGUAUUACUAGAUAUGUUGCCCAUCAUAAUGAUAGAAUAACAGAGAUACUUGUCUCCCCCUCCUCCUCUGACAGAGUAGGAGUGUAUCUGGACUGGUCUGCUGGAACUCUGUCCUUCUACAGAGUCUCCUCUGACACACUGACACACCUCCACACCUUCACCUCCACAUUCACCGAACCUCUCCAUGUUGGGUUUGGGUUGGGGACACGUGACUCCUCUGUGUGUCUGUGUUAGAUAGAGGAGGUAGAGACACCUCCUGUGUCGUGGAGGAACACUCACACUCCUGCCCAAACACACCUGCUGCCAUGAUAGGUUACUCUGUACAGGAUCACACACACACGUACGCACGCACACACACACACACACACACACACACACACACACACAGACACACACACAAACACUCUCACACACAUACACUGAGGGGUAACUGGAUCAGACCUGUUUGUGUUAUUUGGAAAAGGCCGGGUAGAUGACGCUCGUUAGCCUUGACAGGCAGCUCAUCUAGGAGAAGGAAAACUCUGAUUGAAAACCUCCGCUGCCUUGCGGGUAUACUCGUCUACAGGCAAGACGAAAGGCUUCGGGAAGAAACCCUGAGGAAAAAUCUGCAUCCGUCUCCAUUGCCAGUCCUCUCGAUUAGUCUUGCCACUGGUAGUAGGUGGUCUCGGACGAGAGAGUGGGGUUGAUGAUGCGCAACUCUUCCUCACUUGAAUCAUCGCGCAAAUCUUCAGUCAUCCAUAACAGGAUGACUAAAUUGUCCCCGUUGCUGUGACGGACGAAUAACAACAUUUGGAAAAUGAAAUCAAUGAGUUUUUUUUUAUAGCAGGUAAGAACCAAGUUAUUAAAGUCACUCAAUCGUUUAGCUUUUUAAAUGCUUCUGAUAAUAGAAUAAAGUAGAAUAUAAUACAAUCAUUUUAUUUUUCUAAAGGGAGCUUCAUCGUAAUAAGUAGCUGAUAAUACUUUUCAUUUGCUGUUAUUAAUCUCAUCACUCCAACAUAAACAUCUUGUAACGAGCUGUGGUUAUAUGUUAGCUUAGUAUUAGCUAUGCUGCACCAGGAUGGCUUAGCAUAGAAUCAUUCAGAUGAAGUCAAUCGGUCUUUCGGACUUGAGCCGUUUCCAAGGGCAACGCGACGCCGGGCGCCAUCUUCCACUUUUUUCACUUUUUUAAUACGUUGAACUGGGCGUCCGGGUAGCGUAGCGGUCUAUUCCGUUGCCUACAAACACGGGGCUCGGUGGUUCGAAUCCCGGUGUUGCCUCUGGCUUGGUCGGGCGUCCCUAAGAAGUGGGGUUGUUGUGAAGCGUCUAGUGGGUUGGUGUAGUGUUCUGUGCCUGUCAGGUCUCACUCUCAACCUUCACCGCUGGCUAGCAGAAAUGCGAACAGGAGAGCCGAGCACGUAAGUCUCUCCCUGCCAGUACAUAGCCUCUCCAACAGCAAGCCCUCUGUAGUGCCUCCUCGUGGCGACACACGGUAACUGAGUACACCUUGGACCCUGGCUGAACUACAAGGGACUCGGAGGAGGUCUGGCCCCUAGACGUGCGGUACGCAGGCCCACCGGUGUGUGGCUAUUCCCUGAUGCCCACGAACCAGCCCCCAGCUAUGGGUUAAAUAGUGCCACUGCCUAGUGCAUACCUCGGGAGAGGACUAGGCUACAGAAGGAAACCCCUACAGAAAAUCAGCGUCCACAGUGUUGUUGUUUUUUUGUUGUUUUUUUCCUUUUGUAAGUGUUUAAGUCAGAGAGUAUUGCUGGCGUCGUGUGUGGCUGCCGCUUCUCCCUCUCGUAGCCCCCCUUCCCAUCCACCCCUGUACGCCUGUGCUAUGUUCAUCUGUUGUCUUGUUUCACCCCGUUCAUUGUAAAGCGACAUUGAGUGUUAGAAAAGCGCUAUAUAAGAUUGAUUUAUUAUUAUUAUUAUUAUUAUUAUUAUUACAGACACAAUUGGCCGUGUCUGCGGGUGGGAAGCCGGGUAGGGGCAUGUGUCCUGGUCGCUGUACUAGCGCCUCCUCUGGUGGGUCGGGGCGCCUGUUCGGGGAGAUGGGGAACUGGGGGGAAUAGCGUGAUCCUCCCACGCGCUACGUCCCCCUGGUGAAAGUCCUCCCUGUCAGGUGAAAAAAAGCAGUUGGCGAGUCCACAUGCAUCAGGGGAGGCAUGUGGUAGUCUGCAGCCCUCCCCGGAUCGACAGAGGGGGUGGAGCAGCGACCGGGACAGUUCGGAAGAGUGGGGUAAUUGGCCGGGUACAAUUGGGGAGAAAAAAAAGGGGUGGGUAUGUUGAACUGCAUCUGAGUGUCUAAAGUCACUUCAUUUAAUAUGGUAGGUCCCCAAGAUCCUUUCCUUUAUUUGUAACCAAUGUGCAUGUGUGUUAUGAAUAUAUCUCUCAUUUAUUGUUUCGUCGUUUUAAUCAAUGUUUAAUGUUCCUGGGGACUGUGUUGUGUUUUAGAUUAAUUUUGAGCGUACACAAGUUUUUCUCAAAUGUCAACACUGAAGUUUUUUUGCAUAUCUGCUCAGUUCAGUGUUGGUAACUUCUCGAGUCUUUUACUCGUUUCUAGUCAGGAGUGGGGCUCGUGAGGACAUGGGAUGAUGGUGAGGUCUGUCUGUCUGGUGAGUUUAUAUGGAGUGUGUUGAUGUAAACCUGAUGCACUUCAGUUGGCUUACAACUGACAGACAGGUCUCACAGUUAUUCUGUAUGAGGGUACGCUGUUCCCCAGGAUGUAGAACCACUGUCGUGUUUUCUUUGACGUUUCAUCUAUAGACUGUUGAUUAAAAGCAAUCAGAAGGGGGGAU